AUUAUCAUUGCGUUCUAAAUAUGAAUUAUGUCAACAAUCUACGCCACAUGUGUUAUUGAGAUGACCAUUGUGAAUUAUUCAUGCAAUAAUAUACACACUAACAUAUACAAAACAUUUAAACAUUUCAAUAUGCAUCUAUAGUUGCAUAAGGAAAAACGUGACAAUGUUUCAGGAAAACAAAAACCUGAUAUUAUGCUAUAUUUGUGUUGAAGAGAUUGCCACAGAGUUUUGUAGAGACUGUAACCAGUAUUUCUGUGAUAAAUGUAAACUUCAUCAUUUGAGAAUAUCAAGUUUACGUGAUCACCAGUUCACUUCUUAUGAUCAGAGAGAGGGACAAAAACAAUGGCAUGUAGAACGCGGUAGAGGAGUUGUAAGGAAACGAUUUGAUACUCAAGAUUUAUCACAGGAGUGUAGAUAUCUGUGCUUACACUGCGGACCACCGAUAGUUAACAAGAAGCAGUGUUCAUCACAUUCAAAUCAUCUAGUGUUUGAUAUCAUUGGUGAAGAGAGUAAGCAACACUUACCAAAGAUUAUCCAAAUGUUACAAACCUGUUCGACUGAUACCAAAGAGAAUAUCCUGUUUGUACUGCAAAGUAUUCUAGAAGGCAGCUCAAAAUCUAUGCAGGAUGCAUUUUAUGAGACAGACGGUGUCAAGUUUAUAUUUGAAAUGUUUUUUGAAACACGUGACACUGCUGUCUUGGACUAUAUAACAUCCGUGAUGCUUGUUAUACCACCUGGAAAACUAGAUGAGAAAACUAUUUUCGAUGUGACAGGCUUGUUGGUAAGGACUGUUAUAAACUUUGGCAUAAUAAAUCCAGAGGAUGCUCGGUUACCACUUUUCCUUAAUGGUAUCGGUAUUAUAAGAAAUUUCAGCGAUUUAGCAUUCAGAGAUUUCCAAGAUGGAAAUGAUCAUAUGAUUAUACAACUCAGAGAACACAAACAUUUAGUCUCUUGUUUAAUUGAAACAGUCAGAUUGUACGUUACAAAGUUUGACGAAGUAGAGAGCCAAUGUGUAGAACACUGCAUGUGUACCAUAGAAAAUUUAUCACACAAUGUAAUCGAUGUAAGACAUGAAGAAGAACAUGGUCAUAAAAUUUCAGGAUUGACUGCACUUUUCUCGAAGAUACAUAAAGGUAAACAGAAAAAGACAAAAGAAAAAAAAGAUAGCCAUGGUUUACCAGCAGAUGAUUCAGAGAGUGCAGUCCAUGAAUAUGAAGUACUGUGGAAGGAUGCCUCUAUUGGACUGUUCUGUAAAAUAAUUACUAAUGAAAAGACACAUCCAAUAACGUUGAGGACAACAAUGGGAGUAUUGAUUAACCUCCUACCGUUUAACUGGCAUGGAGCUGUAAAUAUCAGUGCAACAUUGAGAAAUCAAAUGGUUCUACCAGUUCUAAUCGAUUGCCUGUCUGACCUAAGGGAUCAAGUGUUGGUCACAAAAACAUGCCAUCUUAUACUAUGUCUUACUUUUGAUGAAAAGAACAAGUAUUUGUUCGGAGUAUGCGCCAUGAAACAUUUGCUUAGUUUGUUGACAAUGAGGACGUACAGUGAUACAUUAUCAGAUGAUAUCGUUUUACCGGUACUUUCAAUUUUAACAGAGAUCGUAAGGGAUCAUGAGGAUUUAGCAUGGAAUUUGGUAAAGGAAAACGGUCUUGAGAAAAUUAAAUUCAUCAAAUUUACCCCGGAGAUAUAUUCAGUGGAAAUAAAGGAAAAAGCAUCUGAACUCCUUUCAGUUUUAUGGAAUAAUAAGCACAAACAUGUGUAUUUACAUGACUCCAGCACAUUAACAAAAGAGGAAGUAAAGGCUGAUUACGUGUUGUAAGAUCCUGUCGACAUUUAUCUUACAGCCUCUCAAUGACAGGAUUUAAAUAAAUGUAUAUUGGUAUUGUCAUUUGCAUUGUUAUACCAUCUUUUAUCUUUCUAUUCGUGUUUUAUUUUGUCUUUGCAUUAUCAAUAAUUAUCAAGUUGUUUUGCUGCAUGCAUGCAUCAUGUUUUGUUAUAUCUGGAUAUCAUUAAUUUUACAAUAAUUAAAUCAAAAUGUUGCAUGCAUAUAGUAAGAUAAAAUAACUUAAGAUUCUAGUUAUGCUCUAAAUUUAGCAUAAAUAUAAAGUUAACUUAUAUAACUAUAUAAAAAUAUAUCCCCUGAUAAAACAAAAAUCUUCUUGUAGCAACUUCUUUUUGAAUAGUUCUUUUAAGUAAUAAAUGCUUGUGUCAAAUAUUAUAAUACUCAAUGUAUUUGUGUAAUAUGUUGUGGAUUCUUGUUUGUCACAAUUUUAUCAGGAAUAAAAGGAAAUGAUAUGUUUCCGUCAACACAACAGCACCAAAUCCAAAAUGUAUCUUAUUGACUUUCCUUUUCUAUUCAUUGUUUUCUAUGAUUAUCCCUUUUUGGUAUCGUUGUAUCACAUGUGCGCGGUGUUUUACUCUACAUAAAGAUAACAUCUUUUGAACGUUUUGCAAUUCCAGAAACAUGAUAAGACUGUAGGAUUAACAUUUUAUAUGAAUAAAAACGUUUCUCUUAAAAUCAAAAUAGAACUGACCACUUUCACGAAGAAAUUAGUUAACACGCCGAUGGCAUGAUAUUAGUUGAAACUGUUCUCUAUAUAGUUUAUCAGGAUGCCAAUUUGAAAUUCAUAUUUGCGGUUUAAUUCAUUUUUCAACAUAUUUUUGUUUCUUAAAGUAGUAAAGAGAAGUUCCUUACUUUCAUGUUCAAAGAAAUUUUAUAAAAAGAAAUUCUUGUCUUUGAAAAUAAACCAUGAAAGAUAUAUCUCUCACCGAUUCUUAUUAUUCCACUUGUUUUAAGCUGCUAUAAUUAUAUUUUUUCAGUUGUAAGGUAAUAAGAUAAAAGUCUAGUAACUUAUGAUCACAAUAAAUAAUUUAAGUACCAUAAGGACAUUGAAGUCAAUGCCCCAAUACGAUCAACAUAUAAAAAAAUACCAAUAUAAACAAAAACACAAAAUAAAGAUAAAAUCAGAAUGAUACAAUACCAACAGUGUCUUGGUGUAUGCCUAACAUGCAAUAUAGUUAUGACAUAUAUUUAUUUCUACGUAAAGACUUUGAUCUGAUAAUGUAUAGUUUUGUUAUUAUUAUGGGAGUGUCAUCCCACAAGAAGUCCGUCUAAAACUCGUUGACAGUCAACGUUCUAUAUUGAUUUAAUUUGCAUGACACAGAACGAAUGCGUGUAAAAUUGCUUUUUCGUUGAUUUCGUUGAAGAUUACUUGAGUUUUCGCGAGACAUAUUCAUAUUAUCGAAUUUUUAACUUUCGAAUCUAGGUCUCGUAACUCUGAAACAACUUAUCUCAAUUAAAAUCGUUAAAAUUGAAAGGUAUAUGUAACAUGCAAUGUAUAUGCACUUUUGUAAUUUGAAAACGCAUGUUCGAAUUAAAGGCAUGACGAACUGCGUAACAUUUGAUGAUUAAAGGAACAAAACUCUGGAACGACUUAUCUGAAAAUUAUCAAAAUCGACAGUUUAUAGUCGUCACGGAACAAACCAUAAUUGAAUUAAAAGUCAGUAAUAAUUUGUUUGGGAAUGUUUGAGUUAAUCAGAGAUUUGCGCAGUUAGAAAAAUUGAAAAACACAAAGACAUAUAAAAAGUUUUUAACGGUAUUUUAAAUAACAUAUCUUCCAACUACAAACUUUCAAAAAUAAAACUGCCAGGGUCCAUUCCUCAUGGUAAAGAAUAAGAAAGAUAAAGUAGGUGUCAUUUCAUUAAGUUCAUUGAUAAAGCUAACAAAUAUAGUUUUAUGAAAAUUAAAAUUACUUUAAUUUUGAUAGAUAAUAUUGUAGUCAGAAUUUAUACUGGCUGUAUUGUAAUCUUCCUUUUAAUUAUGCAUUCUGUAUAAAUUUCUUAUAAGAAACGCUUACUUGUGUGAUUUCUUCGUUUUAUUUUAACUCAUAUUCCUUAUUACAAAUUUGUUGCAUUCAUGAACGUUAUCUUGUGGAAUCAUACUUAGCGUCGGAGAACGUGAUAAUCGUUUAAGGUGGUAUGGGAGUUCAUACUUAGCCAAUACGAAGUAUAUUGUUCACAAAUAUAACAAAAAUGAUAGGUCAAUGUGCAUUUUCUCAAGCUUUUGGUUAUGACAAAUGGCACAUUUUGUAUGAAUUAUUCAGGAAAUAACACCAUUUUGUUAUUGGAAUCUAAUCUAAAUGAUAGAUUUGUAAACUAGAUUACGAAAAGAUAGCUUUUAGACAAGGCUUUGAGAAUAUCAAAAGAAAAGAUAGGGUCACCGUACGUUUUUUACGUUUAAAAAAAUAAAACUUCAACCAAAAUAAUAUUCACAUGUAAAUAUAUUGAUUUUUAUAAGUUACAUUCUUAUAAAUGGGUUCUUUUGAAUGAAAAUUCACGUUAGUUAUCUGCAUUCCAGCAUCAAAUUUUGCUAACUUGAUAGAAAAUCUGGACCUUAGAAUCUCUGUUUUAUACAAUCCAAGAUGGCGAAAGACACCCGUACCAUCUUAAGAAUUCCAUUUAUCAGUGCUACAAGGGCGAUGAUUUUUUGUCACUAAAUUUUCCACUGUCUAAAGGGCGCAGAAACAAACGUGUUCUAUAUUUGUGGAUACAUGUAAAAUCUUUGCAUUAUUUUAAUCCAUUCCUUGCUUUGAAAAAUCUGAUAAUGAGAUUGUUGUGUUAUGUCUGUUUCUCUUACCGUAAUAAAAUUAGGCGACGACAA